GUAGAAGACCACCACUACGAAAUCAGAGAGACCACAAAUCAUCUCCGUCUGUCUCCGCACUUUCUCUCUCACACACUCAUAUUCUCUCUCUCUCUCUAAGCUUUUUUUUUUCCUUUCGCUCUUAUUUUAAAUUUUCAUUCGGAGCUCCAAAGCCUCUGCGUGAUUCUGUGCUUCAAUCGUGAAUCAUUACAAGCAAAGGAAUGAGUGAAGAAGCAAAGAGGAUGGUGGGUGGAGCAGCUCCGGCAGUUGCCAAGUCACUCUCUGAUGAUCGGAAGUCGACCUCCGGUUCGGCACCGACCUCCUCUGCUGUCGGAAAGAAAGUCAUCAUCAAGAGCGCAGAUAUGAAGGAAGACAUGCAGAAAGAGGCCGUCGACAUUGCCAUCGCCGCUUUUGAGAAGAACGGUGUGGAGAAAGAUGUAGCGGAGCAUAUCAAGAAGGAGUUUGAUAAGCGGCAUGGACCUACUUGGCACUGCAUUGUCGGCAGAAAUUUCGGUUCUUAUGUGACUCAUGAGACAAAUCACUUUGUUUACUUCUAUUUGGAUUCAAAAGCUGUACUUCUGUUCAAAUCUGGCUAAGUGUGGUGAUAUUCAACAGUGGUUGCUAAUCAUCACGGUUACAACAUAUCUUGUAGUUGUAUGUAAGAUUCAAAGACUUUAGAGUGCAGAAUAUUGAGAGGAACAUUCAUGUACUUGUAUAUUUGUUUUGACCUAUGUUGUCUGUGUCUGAACAUCAGAGGACUUAACUGCACUAUGUCCACAUUUUGUUUGACAUUUGCUUGUCAAUCAACAAGAAGAUGGAAGGAAGCAUAUAGAGCAUGGUCACUGUGAACUAAGGGAGUGAAACACCAUUAUUCAUCUGUGCAAACAUAUCGAUGAUUUUUUUUUUUCUUUUAAUCCCAGUGACCCUCGUUGCCUUGAUUUCCAGGUUCUGGGGUUAUAAAAAGUUAUUUGACCUCUA